CCGAGGGCGCAGGGGUGAGGGGGGCUGGCUCGCCGCGUGGGGCGGGGUCGCGUUUGCCGCAGCAACAGGGUGCGGCCGGGUGAGCGGCGCGGGCGCAGGCCCAGCUUUGCGGAAGGCGGUGCGUCGGGACCGCUGCUCAGUCCCCAGAUCGGCUGCGCGCCCCAGCUGUUGCCGAGACCCCAGCCCGGCCGCAGCCAGCGUGCAGGGAGCUCUAACUAACCUGAGCCAUGUUUUUCACCUGUGGCCCAAAUGAGGCCAUGGUGGUCUCCGGUUUCUGCAGAAGCCCCCCAGUCAUGGUAGCUGGAGGGCGUGUUUUUGUUCUGCCCUGCAUCCAGCAAAUCCAGAGGAUCUCUCUCAACACACUGACCCUCAAUGUCAAGAGUGAAAAGGUUUACACUCGCCAUGGGGUCCCCAUCUCAGUCACUGGCAUUGCCCAGGUGAAAAUCCAGGGGCAGAACAAGGAGAUGUUGGCAGCUGCCUGCCAGAUGUUCCUGGGGAAGACAGAGGCUGAGAUUGCCCAUAUUGCACUGGAGACUCUGGAGGGCCACCAGAGGGCUAUCAUGGCCCACAUGACUGUGGAGGAAAUCUAUAAGGACAGGCAGAAAUUCUCAGAGCAAGUUUUCAAAGUGGCCUCCUCAGACCUGGUCAACAUGGGCAUCAGUGUGGUUAGCUAUACCCUGAAGGACAUUCAUGAUGAUCAGGAUUAUUUGCACUCUUUAGGGAAGGCUCGAACCGCUCAAGUCCAAAAAGAUGCUCGGAUUGGGGAAGCAGAAGCCAAAAGAGAUGCUGGGAUCCGGGAGGCCAAAGCCAAGCAGGAAAAGGUGUCUGCUCAGUACCUGAGUGAGAUCGAGAUGGCCAAAGCACAGAGAGACUAUGAGCUAAAGAAGGCUGCAUAUGACAUCGAGGUCAACACCCGCCGAGCACAGGCUGACUUGGCCUAUCAGCUUCAGGUGGCCAAGACUAAGCAGCAGAUCGAGGAGCAGCGGGUACAGGUGCAGGUGGUGGAGCGGGCCCAGCAGGUGGCAGUGCAGGAACAGGAGAUCGCCCGCCGAGAGAAGGAGCUGGAGGCCCGAGUUCGGAAGCCAGCCGAGGCUGAGCGCUACAAGCUGGAGCGCCUAGCUGAGGCAGAGAAGUCUCAACUGAUUAUGCAGGCUGAGGCAGAAGCUGAAUCUGUGAGGAUGCGUGGGGAGGCUGAGGCCUUUGCCAUAGGGGCUCGAGCCCGGGCCGAGGCUGAGCAGAUGGCCAAGAAAGCGGAAGCAUUCCAGCUGUACCAGGAGGCUGCUCAGCUGGACAUGCUGCUGGAGAAGCUGCCCCAGGUAGCAGAGGAGAUCAGUGGUCCCUUGACCUCUGCCAAAAAGAUCACACUGGUGUCCAGUGGAGGCGGGGCCAUGGGGGCGGCCAAAGUGACGGGGGAAGUACUGGACAUACUGAGCCGCUUGCCAGAGAGCGUGGAAAGACUCACAGGCGUCAGCAUCUCCCAGGUUAACCACAAGCCUUUGCGAACAGCUUGAGCCGUCAACCUUCGCUGAUGCCUAGCCUCAUGGCUCAAGUUGCCAGAAUGGUUCCCAUACUGCAUGUACAACUGGCUUCCCUGAGCAUGUCCUUUUGACAUUGGGGUCCCACCCCUCAUCUCCUUGCCAAAUUGCCUGUGCCUUGCCUUGAAGGGGAAUGGUCACUCCCCUUGCCAACCCUACACUGCCAAGAGCAUCGGUCCCCCAGGAUUCCCAUGCCAGUCUUCUGAUUAUCCUACUCACCCAGCUUAUUUAACUUCCUAAUUACACUGUGUGAGCCUAAUUACACUGUCUAGAAUUUUCCUGACCCAAACUUGAGGGAUGGCCUGGAGGUUCGCAACUUUGUCAAAUCAAUUGCUGUUAAGAAGCACUAACACUAGAGUGUCUGGGUGGCUCAGUCAGUUAAGCAUUCGACUUCAGCUCAGGUCAUGAUCUUGCAGUUUGUGGAUUCAAGCCCUGCAUUGGGUUCUGUGUUGACAGCUUGGAGCCUGGAGCCUGCUGUGAAUUCUGUAUCUCCCUGUCUCUCUGCCCCUCCCCUGCUCACACUCUCUCAAAAAUAAAAAAAAUUACAAAUUACAAAUACUGAUGAACAAUUAAUAAAGCAGAAUUCAUUCAAAAUGAAUGCUAGUAUGUAGCUUAUUCCCUUCGUUCAGUAGACUUUUGGGACACCUGGGUGGCUCAGUCAGUUAAGCAUCCAACUUCAGUUCAGGUCAUGAUCUUGCCAUUCCGGAGUUCAACCCCCGAAUUGAGCUCAGUGCUGAUAUCUCAGAGCCUGGAGCCUGUUUCAGAUUCUGUGUCUCCUUCUCUCUCUGCCCCUCCCCCACUCAUGCGCACGCGCGCGCGCGCUCUCUCUCUCUCUCAAAAAUAAACAUUAAAAGUUUUAAGGGGCGCCUGAGUGGCUCGGUCAGUUAAGUGACUCACUUUGGCUCAGGUCAUGAUCUCACGGUUCCUGCAUUUGAGCCCCACAUGCUGACAGCUCAGAGCCUGGCGCUGGCUUCGGAUUCUGUGGCUCCAUCUCUCUCUCUGCCCCUCCCCCACUCAUGCUCUGUCUCUCUCAAAAACAAAAAAGAUACCAAAAAAAGUUUUUAAAUACUUUCUAGAAUGGGAGAAGUUACUUGUACACUGUUAAAGUUGCACAACUUUUUUCCUGCAAAAAAGUUGGCUACAGGCGGAAAGCGUGCUGAAAUGGGAGGAAUGGAGAGAACUGCACUAGUCCCCAGAAUUACUGAAAAUAGGGCCAAGGAAAAUUAUGUUGACUUAAAUUUCUAAGGUAGCUUUGAGACUUAUUUUGUGUACUUAGAAGUAUGGGGUAGGUUUUAGGUGUAAGUCACUUUAGACCAUAACGUGGCAUCCCUCACUAGUUAUCUUUCCCUUGUGUUAACUGAGAAAAUGCCAAAGGGUAACAGAAAA